UCAAGAUUCUCCAUGUCUUUUUUUCCCCCCAGUCUCGAGGAAGAUGAAUCCAGGGGCGAAUCGAUCGGAACGGCCGAAAUUCGGAGCCGAUGGCGGCCAAUCACCGACCGAAGACGACUGUGGUGGUCCUUUCGAAAAAGUACACCGACGUUUUGCAAUCGUCCUGUUUGGAUAGAAAGUUUUUGUAUAAAUAGCUGAGGAUUUGCGAUUUGGGCAGCUCAGUCUUCAAAUAACCUCCCGAGGAUCAACAUGAAGUUCAUCAUCGCAUCCCUCGCCCUUGUGGCCGCGGUUUCGGGCCAGCUCCUGCAGGUGCAGCCCGGCCACGAGACGAAACCGGUGGCGAUCCUUCGCCAGGCCCAGGACAUCGCUCCCGAGGGAACUUAUUCCUUCAGCUACGAGACCGAGAACGGGAUCUUCGCCUCGGAGAGCGGCGAGCCCCAGCCCGUGGGUCCCGAUGGAACCCCGGCCGUCGUCGCCAGGGGACAGUUCCAUUACACGUCUCCCGAUGGAACGCCCAUCGCCGUGUCCUACACCGCCGACGAGAACGGCUUCCAUCCCGAGGGAGAGCACCUCCCCGUGGCUCCUCCCAUCCCCGAGGACAUCCAGAGGUCUCUGGUCUUCAACGCUGCUCAUCCCGAACCCGAGGAGACGCAGCCCAAAUACGGCCGCACCUUCUAG